AUGGUCGACGUUGACGGGGCUUGCAUUGUCCAUGCUGAGUUGAGUUCAGGUGCUGGGGAGGUUCGCAAGGAGUGCAUGGUGACGGCGACGGCGGCGGCGGUGGCGGCCAGGUCGGAGCCGAUGAUGGACGCGGAGGUCACAGUCACAGACGCAGGCAUGGGUAUGAGCAUGGGCGUUGACAAGGACAUGGGAACCGAUAUGGGCAUGGGUAUGGGCAAUGAGAUGGAGGGCCGUUCCAAUCGUGGUGGAGAUGGCGGGAAUGGUGCUGGCGGUGAUGGCACGAGUGUCUUGGGUGGGGAUGGCGCCGGCGGCGGAGGCACUGUUGGCGUAACCAACGCUAGAGAUGGCCAUACAGACUCUGCUCGGAUUGGCCCUGCUCAGGCUAGCUCUGCUCACGCUGGCUCUGCUCACUUCGGUCAUGCUCACGCCAAUGCGGCCGAAAGCCGAUCAACCACUGCUGGUUCUGCCGCUGACGGCCAGAUCGAGGCACGCGCUGUUGUUGCCCAGCUCAGCAGCAGCUCGAACGCGUUGCAGAGUGGGCCGUCUGUAGAAGACACUGCACCGGCGCGGGCCCGCAACGGGAGUUCGGGCAGCGACGGGUUUGUGGUGGUAGAGGACGGGUUUGCGUCGCCGUCAGAGGCCGAUUUGACCGAGGAGGCCAAAGCGCGCGAGGCGGCGUUUGAGGAAGACCUGACACGCGCGCGUGCUCGCGAUCCAGCGGACGUGGCCUCCAUCGCCAGCGCCGCGUUUGUGCGCAUCGUUGACGGCGCCACGAUGGCGACGGCAGAGACACCAAUGGCGGGUGAAGUGUACGGAUCACCGCUUGGCGUCUUUGACAUGGCACGCGCUGCCACGGUCGGCGACCCGGACGCAGUUUAUCUGCACUCCAUCUCGGUUCUAGCGCCACUCUUUGACGCUUCGUAUCGGCUGCUGAUUCUGCCGAACGGCGGUGAGACUGAAGGCGAUGACUCUGAGGCCAGCACGUCGACCAAAAUCAGCUUUAAGCACAUGCGGGCGUGGUACGCUCGCUUUCCGUAUCGGGCGCGCAAGAACGUCAAAGCGGUGGUCAUGUUCAAGCCCUCGCGGCUUGCACGGGCGACGCUCACAUUUCUGCGAUCGGUGGCCAAGGCCAACUAUGAUCAACUGGCGCUACUGCUGCCGCUCAAUGUUGUCGGCCUCUCACCUAGCGAGGCGCGCGCUGCUCUCGAAGAGCGCGUCCACGCCAUGGCGGUCCUGGCCGGAAAGAUGGCCGGCGGCGGCAGCGAGCGUCGUGGGUGGAGCAUGCUCCGCUCGCGCUCGCCGCCGCUCUCGCUCGAUCAGCUCAUUGCGUCGUCGUCGUGUGUCUUUGGCGCCCGGCUCGACGCUAUGACCGACGACGUUUGGGGCUCCGCCGCACCCGUGCUCGUCGAGGACGCAAUCGCCUUUCUCGACACCCCACAGCAUCGCGACACCGAGGGCAUUUUUCGGGUCUCGGCCAACGCCCGCGAGAUCAAGCUCAUCCGUGCUUGCUACGAGUGCGGGCGGCCGUUCCCGUUCGAGCCGCUGCGCGACGCUGCGCUUGCCGCAGCCGUUCUCAAGCUCUUUCUCCGCGAGCUCGCCGAGCCGCUCAUCCCAGGCGCACUCGUCGGCGACCUCCACACCGCCGUCGGCCUCGGCGCCGGGUCGGCACAGCGGAUCGAGGCUGUCGAGGCCGCCCUCGCCCAGUUCUCCGCGCGGCACUUUUCCACACUCGCACAACUCGUCCCGUUUCUGCGCCGACUCGCUCAGACGCCUGCCAACAGCAUGCCCGCAGAGAAUCUGGCCCUUGUCAUUGGCCCGAAUCUCGUCCGACUUGACUCGACCGACAUGACCGCCAUCAUGGCCAUGUCGCAGACCGCGGUGGCCAUCACCCGCAUGCUCAUCGACGAGUCAGACACACUCUUUCCUACACAGUGA